AUGAGUGCAGAAAAUGCAGAAACUGUGCAGGAAUUGCGGUUAAGGGGUAAGAUGGUUAAUGAAAUUGAAGGCCUUCAAAUUAAGAAAAAUGGAGCUUGGAUUCCUGUUUCAUAUCUUCCUAAUACCUUUGUUGUCUACAUUGGAGACAUUUUAGAGGUUGUGACAAAUGGAGUUUAUAAAGCAUUGAACAUAGAGCAAUUGUUAAUGAAGAUCAGGCGAGGUCCGGCACCAGACCUCCUCACUCCUCAAAGCCCUGCAAAAUUUAAGAGGAUCGGAGUAGCAGACUACUUUAAGGGAUUUGCCUCUCGACAGGUCGUUGGAAAAUCAUAUAUAGAUACUAUACGGAUUAGAAAUGGAGAUGAUGGGAGCAAUUGA